AUGCAGCAUGAGCACAGGAGUACUCCUCUUUGGGAUGCGCAGGUGUCUGAUGCGGAAACGCUGGGCACCAGGCAUCCAGAUUCUGUUCCAUGGGUGAUCGAUGAUAGGAUCAUCCCAUACUUAGAGCUAACGAGGUUAUACGACUUUCACCUCGUAGCAUACGGCAGAGUUGACCGUGCCAUUAUCACGGCACUGGUCGAGAGAUGGCGUCAGGAGACGCAUACAUUUCAUCUCCCUCUAGGUGAGGCUACCAUCACAUUGCUUGAUGUAUCCUUACUAACGCGGCUUCCCAUAGAGGGACGUGCCGUUUGUACAGGCGGACGCCAGCUAUCAGGCUGGCGUGACAUGGUGCAUCGCAUUUUGGGAGAGCGCCCUCCACCGGAAGUGAUUAGGGGGAGUGGUUUGCGAUGCACAUGGUUGGUUCAGACCUUCUCACAACUCCCCGGAGAUGCUGAUGAGGGCACCAUUUCGAGGUACGCCAAGGCGUACAUCCUAUAUUUGAUAGGUGCUGUGUUGUUUGCCAAUAAAACAAGCAACCAAAUAUAG